CAGACCAUCUUGAUUUAAAACAUCUACCGUAACCCCCAAAACAGUGCACAGACAGCCGACCCUUCUCGCUACCAUUGUCCUCAUGAACAUAUACCGUAACACUCAAAACUAUGCCCAGUCUGCUGAUGGUUUACACUGAAGUCUUCACAGAAAUGGAGAAGCAUGGAGAGGUUGAGGAGAUGAAUGGUGAUCAUUUGGUCGGAAAUGUUUAUGUGAAGUUUCGGAGGGAAGAGGAUGCUGAGAAAGCUGUAUUGGACUUAUAUAAUCGCUGGUUUAAUGGCCAACCAAUACAUUCAGAGCUCUCACCAUUUACAGACUUCAGAGAAGCCUGCUGUAGGCAGUAUGAAAUGGGGGAGUGCACUAGUCACAAUUAA